AUGUCUACUUAUUUUGAACAAGAAGUGCCCCAAGCGCAUACCGAAAACUCAAAUCAAUGCAACAACAUUGCAAUGUGGAAUGAUGACUCUUGCGUAUCUCAAAAUGACUCCUACUAUUCAUUAUCUCCGUCGAUUGUACAAUAUCCAAAUAGUCAAGGAAGAUUUGAUACCCAAUCAGAUUAUCCAGAAGUCAUUGACAGAAGAAUAGUGGCUCCCAACUAUAAUAUCAAACGUAACAACUACCCAGGUUCCAGCGUCAUAACUCCCAACCACAAGAGGUUGAUGCUAAGUCACUACUUGUAUAGUGAAACAGAGAAUCAGUUUCAAAAUUUAAAACUGAGGUCACAACAGUGUUCAGAUAGUGCUGACAGAACAACCGAGUCUGAUUUUUCUCGCCCCAAUUCACACUAUCACUCACCAGAUAGUAAUUUGGGCUAUGAUAAUCCGAAUCAGCAAUUUCCAUUAUUUGGCAAACCAUGUCCAACUUGCAAAUGCAGAUGUAGGUCGUGGCCCCUGAACGCUGGAAACCAAGAGCAGGAUGAUGCCAAUCUCGAAGAUGAAAAUGGUAUCCCCGAAGGAGACAACGGAAGAUAUUCAAUUUUUCGAAGCAAUUGCAAAAGCGAUAUCUUUGAAGACUCUGAAGACGGAACAAGACUCAAGCAGGUAGAACUAAAAUUCACCAGUGAUAUUUCUUUCAAAACAAUCAACCAAAUUCCAUGGACCGCCAAGGAAGAAAAUGAAGGAAGAAGAAUCAUUAGAGUAACACGAGUACAAAGGAAAAAUAUAUUGAGUUUGGAAUUACUGAUAAUAGCUCAACUGUCUCAACAUUUAAACCAAACUAGCGGAAGUAACUACGUUGAGGUUUCGUGCAUUAAGUACAUCCACAGCAACAGAGGCAGGGUGAACUACCUUAUCACGUCCGUCGAAGUGAUCAAGAUUAUCGAGUUGCUUACAGGCUCAGCAUGGAGAGAUCCGCUUUUGAGAAGAAUUGAACGUGGGAGACUCAGAUCGAAUUUGGCAACGCUUUGGCUGAAAGAAUUUCUUGCAAUUAAAUCAAAUCACACCAACAAAGCUUGUCUCAAACUUCUGGAGCAGCUUUCAAAUUACAAGAUUCGGAAACCUUACAAUGUUUGGAAAGAUUUGCGAUUAAUGCAUUGGGAUAAUUUGAUCGUUGCCCUCUCCAAAGUAUUGGGGUUCUACCGUGUCAGAACUUCUUCCAAUUCACCAAGCGUUUAA